UAAGUGCAUCGCUAGCACAGUUGGUCCGAGCCGCCGAAGGGUCUGGUCGCAGAGACAGGGACGCGCAAUCCUCAGCGUGCUCCAUCCCGACAGCAGCCCUCCACGGCUCGGCAGGGCAGCGAGCCUCUGGGCACCGGCCCCGCUGCUCCACGGAAAAGCCUGAUGAAGUCCUCCGAUAUCGAUCAGGAUUUAUUUACAGACAGUUACUGCAAGGUGUGCAGCGCACAGCUGAUAUCGGAGUCUCAGCGCGUGGCCCACUACGAGAGUCGAAAACAUGCCAGUAAAGUCCGACUAUACUACAUGCUUCACCCCAGGGACGGUGGGUGUCCCGCAAAGAGGCUCCGAUCAGAGAAUGGAAGCGAUGCCGACAUGGUGGAUAAAAACAAGUGCUGUACUCUCUGUAACAUGUCCUUCACCUCCGCGGUGGUGGCUGACUCACAUUAUCAAGGCAAAAUCCAUGCCAAAAGGUUAAAACUGUUGCUAGGAGAGAAAACCCCAUUAACGACCACAGCGCCUCUGAGCUCACUUAAACCUCCGAGAGUGGACACUGCUCCAGUGGUCUCAUCUCCCUAUCAAAGAAGAGAUUCAGACAGAUACUGUGGGCUCUGUGCAGCCUGGUUUAACAAUCCUCUGAUGGCCCAGCAGCAUUAUGAUGGCAAGAAACACAAAAAGAAUGCAGCAAGAGUUGCUUUGUUAGAACAGCUUGGGACAACUCUGGAUACGGGGGAAUUAAGAGGUCUGAGGCGCAAUUACAGAUGUACCAUCUGCAGUGUCUCUCUAAACUCAAUAGAACAGUAUCAUGCCCAUCUGAAAGGAUCUAAACAUCAGACCAACCUGAAGAAUAAGUAGUGAAAACAUCAAUCAAGAGAUGAGAAAAAAUAAGUUAGGAUUUCUGUGCCGUGGAGAAUCGCUUACCAACCACCAGAAGAAGAUUCUUUCUGGAACAAUGAACAUUUCUUAUGAGGAUUCACAGAUUAACAUAUGACUAAUUUCAGUUUUGGAGAGUGAAUGAGCUUUCUUUCUUUCUUUUUUUUUUAAUUUUGUGGUAAGUUAUGAUAUUUGGAUGGUUUUUAAAAACUCUUUCCUGAGAAUAUAUUUAGCACACGUUCUCAAUUAUAAUCCUAUAGCAAACAGCGGGAGCAUCGUUCAAACUUGAAAGCAGUGGAAAAUCUCAAUUUCCAAUUUAUUCUCAGAUUUCUUCAACAUAUAAUUAUUCUGUUAAAUCCUUGCUGAUCGAGAUGUAAACCACUUCAAUCAUGAAAUAAACUUUAUUUUUUCAUCUUGUUGACGUGAUUGGUGGCAACGUGCACAGAACCAGACAAAUCACUAUUAGUAGAAAAUAUAUAAUGGACACAAAUUCCCAUUUCACCUUCCAAAAUGUGAGCCAUCUUUGCCAUCUGAACCAGAAUGAAGAGGGUAAUCAAGGAGGAAUCCUCGUCUUUUUUUUCUGAUCAUUCAAACAACAGUUUCUCGAGGUUAAGUCAAGUCCUCUUUUGCAAGCUGCCAAAGUAAUAACUUAGGAAAAGAAUUCGUUUUCCUGCAUGAUGAUCCUCUUAGGCAAAAAUGUCUUAAUAGCAGUUGACCUUGAUGAAACGUUUUCCCAAAGGCAUUCGAAAGAAGAAUGAUCAACCCCAUAUGAGAGGGAAAUAAAUGAGGGCUUCUUAUGAAGUUGGCCUGAAUUGUGGGCUUUCGUGUAGGGCACUGAUGAUUUGGAAAGAAGUGAGUGAAUUCUGAACAAAGGACCGCCUUGGGUAUUGAGGUCACCUAUUCCUCUGUUUCUCACUGAAGUCCUUUUGCUGAACUGAGAUUCAACCACUUCUUUAGAGAGAACGCCACUGGCGGACUAGAAAACCAUUACUCCCUGAUGGGGACUAUCUCGGAGGUUUACAUUUCUAGGUUGAAAUCUUCUCCGUGGCGAGUGGAUUUGGAGUCCUACAGGCUGGCUGCAGAGCUGGGCGUUUAAAUGCUUCUUAGGGCCUGGCUGGGGUUGCCCUUUGUGCAUUGUGACUGAUCUCCUGGUGUCAGGAUUUUCUGUAUGUCUGUGAUUUUUCCACAGAGAGCUGAGGUGGUUAAAACUCAGUGAGCAACGAAUGAAACGACUUAGGCAUCACAGUGUUGUCACGGAGGUGUUUGCAAUUUGGCACCGUUCUCUUGAGAAGGGUCCACUCGGGAGAGACCAGCCUUGUCAGUUUCCGUGUCUGCAGAGAGAAGAGGCCACGCCGGCCACGCCAGUCCUGGGCCAUCCCUUGGGAAGGAAGGAGCCUUUGAAAGGAAGCAGUCUAUUUUUCUGUUUUGGAAAGCACACAAAAGAGGUACAAACCUCCAAUGAUGACUUUUCUUCAAGUGUGUAAAAUAAGGCUUUCUUUGUCAAUUCUGCUGUAAAAUAAGCAUUGUCCAAGUAAAAAAAAAGAAAGAAAAAGUCUGUUUCUGUUUGUGGGUGAGCUCAUAUCCUUCAGUGUUUUUUGUUGUUAUUGUUGUUAAUAACAAUAUAGACACGCCUAUGAACGUAGAUCUCUUUUGCUUUUCAGAAAG